GGAAACCCUGUGGGCCUGCACGGCGUUCUUCCUUUUCUAUUCGCCAUCUGCGGUGAAGCUGCCACCAAAAUGCAGAUUUUUGUGAAAACCCUUAGGGGGAAGACUAUCACCCUCAAGGUCAAACCCUCGGAUAAGAUAGAAAAUGUAAAGGCCACAAUCCAGGAUGAGGAAGGAAUUCCUCCUGAUCAGCAAAGGCUGAUCUUUGCUAGCAAGCAGCAGGAAGAUGGACGUACUUUGUCUGACUACAAUGUUCAAAAGGGGUCUACUCUUCAUCUUGUGUUGAGACUUCAUGGUGCUGCUAAGAAAAGGAAGAAGUCUUAUACCACUCCCAAGAAGAAUAACCACAAGAGAAAGAAGGUUAAGCUGGCUGUCCUGAAAUACUAUAAGGUGGAUAAGAAUGGUAAAAUUAGUCACCUUUGUCGAGAGUGCCCUUCUGACGAAUGUGGUGCUGGAGUGUUUAUGGCAAGCCACUUUGACAGACAGUAUUGUGGCAAAUGUUGUCUGACUUACUGCUUCAACAAACCAGAAGACAAGUAAUUGAGGUCGGAAG